AUGGAAGAGUCUACCUCUGCUCUUUCUCCUGCCAACAAUCCUAAUAAAGUAUCUGAUAUAUGGAAGAAUCUCUCAAAUAUGGCAGUAAGUCCUACUACCACUCCAGCUUAUUCAUACGACAAUGUUAUCGAGAUCUUGCGGAAGGUUAUAUUGGAGACAGUAAAUGGUGGAUCGAAAGAUCCGUAUUUUCAUGAUCCAUGUAUGGGAAAAAUACGAAACAUCCGUCAAGCAAUCUUAAUUACUGGACCUAAAGAUGCUUUCAUAAUUCAAGAAGGCCCACUUGAAACAUUUAAAAGUUAUUUGGAGAUAAAAAACACCUGGUAUAUUGUUGAUGGAAUAUCACCAAAAGAUGUUGCAGCAAGAAUAAUUCUCCUUUGCUCAACUCGUAAAGAAUAUUUUCAUGAAUACCGGAAAUUUCAUCAUGUUGAUGAACGUGUGAUGCCAGUAUGGACAGAAGAAGAGAUUGAAGAAUGUCGAAACCAAUUAUAUAACAAUUUAUCCACUGAUUUGGUUGUGACCGUGUAUGGUAUAAAUGGUGAGGCAUACCAUGUUUUAUUCUAG